UGUAACAUUAAAUCUAAAAAGAAGAAGUGAUGAUGAACAAGGAAACAAUUUUACAGGAAGAUAGCUAGUUACUUGGCUGCCUUUUGUUUUUAGCGUAAUAUCGUUAGUAUGCUUCCUCCUUUGGGCGUUUUAGAUUACUUGAACAGAUUGCACUGACUCCUGGUUGACGGCCAAGUGGGAAUUGGAUGACAAUGUAUGCACCACCGGGUACCACUGUCCCCGGAAGCCGGCGAAGGAGAGGGGGUACUGCACUGCCCAAGCAGCCAGAGCGAAGCCUGGCAUCUGCCCUCCCCGGAGCACUGUCCAUCACGGCUCUAUGUACGGCCUUGGCCGAACCAGCUUGGGUCCGAGUUCAUGGAGGGACGUGUCCCAAGCAGGAGCUUGGAGUGGCUGAUGUCCUGGGAUACAUUGACCCAAAACUUCUGGAGGAUUAUUGUGUGAACUCCCAGACCAUCUUGCUGCUAAGGGUCAUUGCUGCCUUCUGCUUCCUGGGCAUCCUAUGCAGCUUGAUAGCUUUCCUUUUGGAUGUCUUUGGGCCCAAGCACCCUGCCCUCAAGAUCACCCGCAGAUACGCAUUUGCCCACAUUCUCACAGUGCUGCAGUGUGCCACAGUAAUCGGGUUCUGCUACUGGGCCUCAGAGCUCAUCUUGUCGCUACAGCAGCAGCAUAAGAAGUACCACGGAUCACUCAUCUAUGUCACGUUUGCCAUUAGCUUCUACCUGGUGGCGGGGGCUGGCGGCGCCUCCAUUCUGGCCACAGCUGCCAACCUGCUGCGCCACUACCCCACAGAGGAGGAGGAGCAGGCUCUAGAGCUUCUCUCAGAGAUGGAGGAGAGCAGUGAAACAUAUCCUGCCGAUUAUGACAUUGCCAACCAGUUCCAGCCGCCUCCUGCAUACACGCCUUAAUGUAGCCAGCCCGGCCACUUCUUUCUCUUACAUCCAUGCUUCUCUAUGAGCACGUCUAUUGGCCUUGUCUCAACACCUACAGAUAUGUGAUCCAAAAACUGUACCCAAUGGAUAUUCUCUGCAAAUACUCUGCUUUCUAUAAUCAACAUUAACACAAAUGGACACACUUAUUUCUUGAUUGUGGGUGCUUGAGUGCAUGAAAGCUUCCUUUUACGGUGGCAGAGAUUCAAUACUUGAUUCGUGUUUUCACCACUGAAGCUUGGCUUUUAGGAAUUUGCAUGUAUAUGUCAUUAAGGACUUGACCCUUACAUGUAAAGCAAGAGAAACUGGCAAUAUAUGGGGUGUUAUUUUAAGAACUGUUAUACGGUUUGGGUCUACACCUGGUUUAUUGAAUGAUCAGAUAUGGCGUGAGACUCAACAUAGUGUAUGACAGUGUUUUAAGUCAUGGCUUAACAAAGGUCAAGUUCGGAAGUUUGGGCUUUCGAGAGUGUGGCAGUAGUAUUGGGCAUUGGUUUGAAGUGUUAAAUGACCGCUUAACAUCGAUCAUUUGAGUGAAGUCUUUUGACUUGCCUGCCAUGUGAUUAUAAUUGGACAUUUUAUCAGUUAAACCUGAAAGGCACCGAGGUUAAACACACUGAAUUUUAGACAUUUAUUUCUCAAUUGAAAUGGACCAUUAUUUAUUAACUGUCUGUCCCUGCCUGGUGUGGUAACUUUUUUUUUAUGUGAAUGCAAGGCACUGUUUUGCAUUUUAUUUAGUCUUAACAGUUGUGCAGUUCUGAACUUGGAAGUCAAUAGGUUUUCCAUAUUAAGUAAGAUUGGUUAGUCACAGUAGUAGUAAAAAUAGUUAUUUUACAUAAACAUGGCCAGUGAUUGAGGCCCAAAUUGUUAUGAAAGUAAUUAAUGGAAAGCCAUGAGAAAUGUAAAGUUUCUCAUGGUUUUGAAAUGUACGUUAUUCACAUUUUUCAGAUGUUGGACAAAUAGAGGAACAUUAUUUUCUCUUUUUAACAACUGUCAAAAAGGGUAGUAUGCCAUUGUAGAUGUAGACUCAUCCUCUGUCCACAAUGCAUUGGUCAUUUCAUAAAUUCAAUCAUUUCACUCAAAUGUAUCCAACUGAAUGACAACUUUUUUAUUUGUACUUUGUGAUUACUUAACUUGAGUUAUGUGUGUUGUCUGUGCAUGAGUUCUUCCCCCUGAUCCUCAGGAUUGUGAGAAUCUUAUUGAAAUCUUUUGGGAUGGAAUACUUCACACAAGUAAUCUCAACUUGUGUUAGGAUUCAGCCUUUUUUUCAUGUGAAUAAUAAUCUAGUUGUACAAGUGAUUUGUUGCUCUAUUGUUUAUUUUGAUAUUGUUUCUUUUAUUUUAGCCUUUCUGCUUUACUUUUCAUAAGUGUGUAGAAAUGUUAAGUAAAAUAUUGUGGACAGUUUAUAUAUAAAGCUGGUCGUAUUCUAAAUAAAAAAUAAAUGUCCAAU